AUGGAAAGACCUAAAACUCUCCUCCAAUUAAUCAUAAAAUCACAACAAAAACAGAUCUCUGACGGUUCAGAGGAGGACAUGAAGAAAUGUGUCGAUCAAUACGGAGAAGCAAAUUCAACUCUCUUGAAAGAAAACCCAACUAAAAACUUAAAGUUUGAAGAUUGGCCAAAUUUUAAACAAGAAUUACUGAAUGCAACAACUAUUCCUUCUUCAGGUGUUAAAUUUGGACACCCUGCUUUUGGUAAAAACUUUAGAUCAUGUGAAUUACCUUUAAACGGUGACAAAUUUGCCAAACAAGAGCUACCUUACUUUUCUCAAUUCCAUUACAAAAUGGAAAAAGAUGAUGAAUUAUUUAAAAAACUUGAAGAAAAACAUAGAAGUUCCAUAAUGUUUUUGGGUCCAUCUGGUUGUGGAAAGACAACCAUUAGAUUACUAUCUAAAAAUCCAGGAAUGAUUUUAACUUGCACUAGUCAUGCUGAAUCAUCAAGUGGUUUAACAACUGAAUAUUGA